AUGAUAAACAUAAGCCUCUUUCUUUUACUUUCUUGUAGUGCUCUCGUGUUACUUGAAGCAUACGGUUUCAGGGAUGAAACUGAUAGGCAAGCGUUGCUGGAGUUCAAGUCUCAAGUUUCUGAAGGAAAAAGAGCUGUCUUGUCCUCGUGGAAUAACUCAUACCCUCUCUGCAAAUGGAAAGGGGUUACAUGUGGCCGCAAACACAAGAGAGUGACGAGUCUAAGCCUCGAAGGAUUGCAAUUGGGCGGGGUGAUAUCACCAUCUAUUGGUAAUCUUUCGUUCCUCUCGUAUCUCAAUCUAACAGAUAACUCAUUUGGUGGUAUCAUCCCCCACGAGAUUGGAGGAGUUGUUCCUUCAGAGCUAGGGUCAUUGACUAAGCUUGUUGCUUUAUUUCUUUAUCGAAACAACCUGAAAGGAAAGCUCCCUGCAUCUCUAGGAAACCUGACAGCCCUUAACAGUCUUGAUCUGGGAGAUAACAAUAUACAAGGAGGAUUUCCAGAUAGUAUGGCUAGGCUUACUCAAAUAGUGGGUCUUAGCUUAGCAAUGAAUGAAUUUUCAGGUGUUAUUCCUCCAGCAAUAUACAAUUUAUCCACACUUGAGUAUUUAUCCAUCGCUGAUAAUCAUUUCUCGGGUUCCUUGAGACCGGAUUUUGGUAAUCUGCUACCAAAAAUUCGCGAGUUAAAUAUGGGACGUAAUGGUCUCACAGGAGCCAUUCCGACAACACUUGCCAAUAUUUCGACUCUUGAAAAGUUUGGGAUCGAUGUGAACAAUAUGACAGGAAGUAUUUCUCCUAACUUUGGAAAUCUACAGAAUCUGCAGUUUCUAUUACUUGGUCAAAAUUCUUUGGGAAGCUACUCAACUGGAGAUCUUGCAUUUAUUGGUGCUCUUACUAACUGCACCCGACUAGAGAUUUUAGAGGUUGCUUCGAAUAAGCUUGGGGGUGAUUUACCGACUUCCAUUGCCAAUUUGUCCACAAACCUCAACGAUUUAAGCCUUGGAAAAAAUCUUAUCACAGGAAGCAUUCCUCACAACAUUGGAAAUCUCAUUAACUUACAAGAAUUUGCGAUUGGAGGUAAUAUGUUGACAGGACCAAUACCAACGUCUAUCGGCAAAAUUUUAGGAUUGAGGUUAUUAUAUCUCCAUACAAACAGAUUCUCAGGAGAGAUACCAUCUUCUAUAGGCAACCUCACAUGGCUAGAAAAUCUCGAUGUGGCCAACAAUAGUUUGGAAGGAACCAUUCCUCAGAGUAUUGGUAACUGCAGUUCCAUGCUACAUUUGAAGAUUGCGUCUAAUAAGUUGAAUGGGACUAUACCUCGGGAAGUUCUAGAAAUCCGGUCGCUUAUUCACUUAAGCAUGUCAAAUAAUUAUUUGAUAGGCUCUGUGCCAAAAGAUAUUGGGCGACUUGAAAAUCUUGUUGGGCUAUAUGCUGCUCAUAAUAAAUUAUCAGGAGAACUACCACAGAGUCUUGGAAAGUGUCUCUCGAUGGUACAACUACAUCUCCAAGAAAAUUCUUUUGAUGGAACCAUUCCAGAUAUCAGAAGAUUGGUGGAUGUUAGAGCAGUUGAUUUAUCAAGAAAUCGUCUCUCUGGAACUAUACCUGAAUAUUUUGUGAACUUUUCCAAACUGAAGUAUCUCAAUUUAUCCAUCAACAAUCUAGAAGGAAGGGUGCCAGCACAAGGAAAAUUCAAGAAUGCUACUAUAGUUUCGGUAUUUGGGAACCAACAUCUAUGUGGAGGCAUCAAGGAGCUGAAGCUAAAGCCUUGCAUUGUCCAAGAACCACCAAUGGAGACGAAGCAUUCCAGCCGUUUGAAGAAAGUUGUGAUUGGGGUCAGCGUAGGCAUAACUUUGCUUCUGGUGUUGUUCACAUGUCUUGUUUCUUUACGUUGGUUCAUAAAAAGAAAGAAGCAGCAGCAUACUGAUAGUACAACUCCUUCUUCGUUGGAGAUUUUGCAUGAGAAGAUAAGUUAUGGCGAUCUUCGCAAUGCGACAGAUGGCUUCUCUUCAAGCAACAUGAUUGGAUCAGGCAGUUUUGGUACUGUAUUUAAGGCAUUACUUCCGACGGAGAACAAGGUUGUUGCGGUGAAAGUUCUAAACAUGCAGAGGCGUGGAGCAAUGAAGAGUUUUAUGGCAGAAUGUGAAUCCUUGAAAGACAUAAGGCAUCGUAAUCUUGUUAAACUGUUGACGGCAUGUUCGAGUAUUGAUUUCCAAGGAAAUCAAUUCAGGGCUCUCAUUUAUGAGUUCAUGCCUAAUGGAAGCUUGGAUAUGUGGUUGCACCCGGAGGAAGUGGAAGAUAUUCGUAGGCCCUCAAGAACUUUGACACUUCUUGAAAGGCUCAACAUAGCGAUAGAUGUGGCUUCGGUUUUGGACUAUCUUCAUGUUCAUUGCCAUGAACCCAGAGCUCAUUGCGAUCUUAAGCCAAGCAACGUCCUCCUAGAUGAUGAUUUAACUGCCCAUGUUAGCGACUUUGGUCUUGCACGAAUCCUCCUCAAAUUCGACAAGGAGUAUUUCCUCAAUCAACUCAGCUCAGCCGGAGUCAGAGGCACAAUCGGCUAUGCCGCACCAGAGUAUGGAACAGGAGGACAACCAUCAAUACAUGGUGAUGUGUAUAGCUUUGGGGUUCUCCUUCUGGAGAUGUUCACUGGAAAAAGACCAACCAAUGAGUUAUUUGGGGGAAACGUUACUCUUUGUAGCUACAUCAAAUCUGCAUUGCCAGAGCAAGCAUUGGAUGUUGCGGACGAAUCCAUCCUUCACAGCGGGCUUAGAGUCGGUUUCCCAAUUGCUGAGUGCUUGAGGUUGGUUUUCGAGGUGGGACUUAGGUGCUGUGAAGAAUCUCCUACGAACCGGUUGGCAACGAGUGAAGUUCUCAAAGAAUUAGUCUCAGUCAAGGAGAGGUUCUUCAGAGCCAGAAGGACAACAAGACGUUGA